AUGGUAAUACGAAGUGAUGGUGGUAAGGACGAAAAUGGGAAUGACAAUCAAAAUAAUGUCCAUAGAAAUACACAUGCUACCGAUAAAGGUAAUAGUAAAUUGAAGAAAUUACCUAUUCUAAAAUAUUUGUUCGAAGAUGAACUAUCCAGAGACAGAAGAUAUGAAACAAUAUUUAACAGAUUGGAUAUAAACAAGGAUGGUAAAAUAACUCAAUUGGGAUUGAACGAAGCUUUUGUGAAGAAUGACAUGCCUCUAAAGAAUAAUAAUGAAGCUCUUGUCAACUUAUUUCAUGCAAUGGAUGCUAACGAUGACAAAAUAAUUGAUUUGGAAGAUUUUAAAAUUUAUGCAAAGACAGCAGAGAAGCAGAUUAGAUCUGGCUUUGAGAAGAUUGAUACGGAUGGCGAUGGUUUAGUUAAACCAGAAGAAAUUUCAAACUAUCUCAUUAGAUUAUCAAAAGAUGCCCAUCAAGAUCCUAUAAAGCUGGAUAACGGAAACAACAACAGCCACAAUUCAAAAAGUAUGCACUCAGAAGAUAAAGUUUCUCGGAAGCACCCCUCACAAUCGUUGUUAAAUCCUAAUUUGGAGCAGUUCAUUAGCUGGGCAUUUCAUAUGAAAGGUAAACCUGACAUCAUUUUAACUAAAAGCGCUGAACACAUGCAUAAGUCUGAUCCUAAAGGUUCAAUUUCAUCGAAUGGAAUCGAUCAAAAUACUGACCAAGAAUUUAUUACCUAUGAUCAAUGGAGAGAUUUUCUUUUGAUGAUGCCUAAAAGUAAAGGCUCACGUCUACAGACCGCUUAUUUUUACUUAUUCAAAGAAGAUGUUGAUUUAUCCUCUGAAGGUGAUAUGACAUUGAUCAAUGACUUUUUAAAGGGAUUUGGUUUCUUCAUUGCAGGAGGUAUAUCUGGUGUCAUUUCCCGUACUUGCACUGCACCAUUUGAUAGAUUGAAGGUUUUUCUUAUAGCCAGAACAGAUCUUACGUCCACAUUAUUACAUUCAAAAAAGUCUAUUGCAGCACAAAAACCAAACAUCAAGAUUGAUAAAAUUAGAUCUCCGAUUAUCAAAGCCAUAACUACAUUAUACAAUCAAGGUGGCUUAAGAGCAUUUUAUGUAGGAAAUGGUUUAAACGUCAUGAAAGUUUUCCCAGAAAGUUCCAUUAAAUUUGGUAGUUUUGAAAUGACAAAGUCAUUGAUGGCAAGCAUUGAGGGGAUCGAUAACAAAAACGAAUUAUCCAAAGUAUCAACUUAUAUAGCUGGUGGCCUGGCAGGUGUUGUAGCACAAUUUUCAAUUUAUCCAAUUGAUACUUUAAAGUUUAGAGUUCAAUGUGCAUCGUUAGGUGGGAAUGCAUUAAAAGGGAAUAGAUUGCUCUUUGAAACAGCGAAACAAUUAUACAGAGAAGGUGGUAUAAAAUUAUUUUAUAGGGGUAUAUUGGUAGGUUUGAUGGGGGUGUUUCCGUAUGCUGCAUUGGAUCUAGGUACUUUUUCAGCUUUGAAAAAAUGGUAUAUAAAUAAACAGUCCAUUAAACUUGGCAUCCCAAAAGAUGACGUAGAGUUGAGCAAUCUCGUUGUUCUACCGAUGGGUGCACUUAGUGGUACUGUUGGUGCAUCAAUUGUUUAUCCAAUAAAUCUAUUAAGAACAAGACUACAAGCCCAAGGAACAUAUGCACAUCCUUAUAGAUACACAGGUAUCAAAGACGUCUUCAUUCAAACUGUUAAGCGAGAGAGUUACAGCGGUUUGUACAAAGGUCUUCUACCAACUUUAGCAAAAGUUUGCCCGGCAGUUUCGAUUAGUUACUUAUGUUAUGAAAAUCUGAAGAAAGUGAUGAAACUAGAAAACCACUAG